AUGUUUCCUACAGGUACAGAUAACACUCGAGCGGCAGGAAUCACACUAUGGCUUGCAAUGCUAGGACUCACUCGGUCGCACUCCUUACAUGCAGAUAUUGAAACUCCACCCUUCAAUACACUAUACAAAUGGAAACAAGUAGACUUCGAAUUCCCUUCAGAAAGCCAUAGAAAAUAUGCUAUAGCUAAUGGAGACUACGUCCCUGCUAAUGUCCUACCAUUAGGUUUGGAAAUUUGGGGUUCCCGUGUAUGGGUGACCAUACCGAGUUGGCGUCGUGGAGUACCAGCCACGCUAGCAACUGUCCCUCGUUAUGGCGGAGUUACAUCUCCCCGACUUACGCCUUAUCCUGAUUGGAGUUUUCAUAGAGCUUUUAAUAAAGCCAAUAACUGUUCCGGUUUAACAUCAGUUUUUCGGAUGAACAUUGACAAUUGCGGAAGACUUUGGGUGUUGGAUUCUGGUCAAAUAGAUUCUCAAGAUAAUCCAAAACAAUUAUGUCCACCGAGUAUAGUUGUGUUCGACUUAAAAACUGAUACUCUUAUUGCUCGAUACGUUAUUCCCGAAAAGUACGUACUGCAAGAUUCAUUAUAUUCUAACAUAAUUCUUGAUACCAGAAAAGAGGACUGUUCUGAUCUUUAUGCUUACAUUGCUGAUACAUGGCGUUUUGGAUUACUUGUUUUCCGAGAAAGUGAUGAAAGCUUUUGGAGAUUUUCUCAUCACUUUUUUUACCCUGAUCCAUUUGCUUCUAAUUACACUUUACACGGACUAAAUUUUCAAUGGACUGAUGGAAUUUUUGGCCUUGCACUUUCUCCUAGUGAAAAUUAUAAUGAAAGAAUACUAUUCUUCCACUCAAUGUCAAGUUAUAGAGAAUUUUAUGUUAAAACAUCUGUUCUCCGUGAUGCUUCUAGGGUAAAUAAUAGUGCAACGGAAUUUAAGAUCUUAGGAGAAAGUAGAGGAUUAUUCGGCCAUUCAUCUGCAUCUGCUAUUGAUAGACGAGGAGUCAUGUUUUAUGGUUUAGUAACUAGGGAUAGUAUCGGAUGCUGGGAUAUAAGGAAACCAUAUAAACGAUUAAAUAUAGGCCAAGUGGCUAAAGACCCUGUGACACUGAUUUUUCCGAACGAUGUAAAAAUUGAUCAAGAAAAGCGUCAAAGUAUUUGGGUAAUAUCAAAUCGGCUGCCAAUGUUUCAAGCUGGUCCUUUAGACCCCGAUGACUACAAUUACCGUCUCAUGUAUGCAGAUACGUUUGAAGCCGUACGCGGCACAACAUGCGAUCCAACAGUUCCGCCCUCUUAUAAAUGGAAUAAA